AUGCUCAAACGUCAUCUCAGGAACAUCUCACAGACGUAUCAUCAGGAGGAACCAGUCUGCGGAGAAAGCCUUCAUGCUUUGCAAAGUGUGAGCCGCAAGCGGCGGAAGCCGGUGCAGAAAACAGUAAAGCCAAUCCCAGCGGAAGGUAUCAAGUCAAACCCUUCCAAGAGACACAGAGAUCGACUGAAUACAGAGUUGGACCGUUUGGCGAGCCUCCUGCCAUUUCCACAAGAUGUUAUUAAUAAGCUGGACAAACUUUCAGUUCUUAGGCUCAGUGUCAGUUACCUGAGAACUAAAAGCUUCUUUGAUGUUGCAAUAAAAUCCCCCCAAGGUGACAAAAAUGGAGGACAGAAUACCUCUAGAAGAAAAUUCAGAGAAGACCUGAGCUUGCAGGAAGGAGAGUUCUUAUUACAGUCUGAUGUUAUACAUCAGAGCGUGUAUGAACUUAUUCAUACUGAAGAUCGAGCUGAAUUCCAGCGUCAACUACACUGGGCAUUCAACCCUUCACAGUGUGCAGACUCUGGGCAAAGAAUUGAUGAAGCUGAUGGCCUUUCACAGCCAGCCGUCUGUUAUAAGCCUGACCAGCUUGCUCCAGAAAACUCUUCUUUUCUGAAGAGGAAUUUCCUAUGCCGGCUAAGGUGUCUGCUGGAUAACUCAUCUGGUUUUCUGGCAAUGAAUUUCCAGGGGAAAUUAAAGUAUCUCCAUGGACAGAACAAAAAAGGGAAGGACGGAUCAGUGCUUCCACCUCAGCUGGCAUUAUUUGCAAUAGCUACUCCACUCCAGUCACCAUCCAUACUGGAAAUUCGAACCAAAAAUUUCAUCUUCAGAACUAAACACAAACUAGAUUUCACACCUACUAGUUGUGAUGCAAAAGGAAAAAUUGUCUUAGGAUAUACGGAAGCGGAAUUGUCCAUGAGGGGAUCUGGGUAUCAAUUUGUUCAUGCUGCUGAUAUGCUUUAUUGUGCUGACAGUCAUAUCCGGAUGAUUAAGACUGGAGAAAGUGGCAUGGUAGUGUUCCGUCUUCUUACCAAGGAAAAUAGGUGGACAUGGAUUCAGUCAAAUGCACGCUUAAUUUAUAAAAAUGGAAGACCAGAUUAUAUCAUUGCAACGCAAAGACCUCUCACAGAAGAAGAAGGAAUCGAGCAUUUACAAAAACGGAAUAUGAAGCUGCCUUUUAUGUUCACCACUGGAGAAGCUGUGCUCUAUGAGGUCACCAGUCCUUUCCCGCCCAGUAUGGACCCCUUACCAAUAAGGAUGAAAGGCAACACGGGGACACAGGACUCUGCUACUAAGUCCUCUUCAAACACAGAUUCUCUUAAUCCCAGUUCUCUCCUGGCUUCUUUGAUGCAACAAGAUGACUCUAUUUAUCUUCACCCAGCUUCAAAUUCUGUAACCUUUGAAAGAAAAAUUUUAAGCAAAUUAAUGAAUGAAUGCAGCAAUUGGCAGGACAGUGUUACAUCAAGGGAAAAUGAGAAUAUCCUGAAGCACGAGCAAAGUAGUCAGUCUCCAGAAAUAAUUCUCUCUGGAGACCAUGCAGAUGUCUUUGCAGAUAAUAAAAAUAGUGAGUUGUACAGCAUUAUGAAACACCUCGGCAUUGAUGCUGAAGACAUCAAGCACAUGCAGCAGAAUGAGGAAUUUUUCAGAUCUGACUUUUCUGGUGCAGAUGACUUUGGAGAUCUUGACAUAGAAGAUGAUGUGCUGACAUAUGUCCAAGAGUCUUUAAGUAAAUCUCCCUUCGUGUGUUCAGGUUACCCACAGCAGCAGUCUGUGCGUCUGAACUCAAGUUGUAUGGUGCAGGAACACCAGCAGCAGCUACAGCACAAGCAAGUAGGGGAGCAACAGCAGCAACUCUGCCAGAAAAUGAAGCAUAUGCAAGUUAAUAACAUGUUUGCAAAUUAUAACUCUAACCAGCCGGUGCCUUUUAGUUGCCCUCAGCAAGACCCACACCAGUAUAAUGUCCUUUUCGACGUACAUGGAGCUAAUCAAGAAUUUCCCUACAAAUCUGAGAUCAGUAUGAUGCCUUAUACACCAAGCCUUAUUCCUUGUAAUCAGCCAGUGUUUCCACAACAUUCCAAUUAUACGCAGUUGGACUUUGCUGUAGGGAAUUUCGAACCAUCCUCGUACCGCAGUACAUCUUCUAAUUUUGAAGGUUUUGUCCAUUGUUUACAAGUUCCUGAAAAUCAAGAGCAUGUACUGAAUCCACAGUCAACUCUAGUGACCCCUCAGACAUGUUAUGCUGGGGCCGUGUCAAUGUAUCAGUGCCAGCCUGAAAGUCAGCACACUCAGUUGGACCAGAGGCAGUACAACACCACAGUCCCUGGCGCUCAGGCAUUUCUAAAUGAGAAUGGAGGUGUUUUCAAUGAAACAUACCCAGCGAAAUCACAUACCAUAAGUAACACUCAAACUUCCACAUAUCUUCAGCCUCCUUGUCAUCCAUCAGAAGCCAAACCUUCCUCUGAUUUGACAUCCAGUAGAUUUCUGUAAUUCCAAGCCCACUUUCACCUCAGUAUGUGGAUGCUGCUUAAAUUAGCUUGUAAAGGAUUGCAGAGUAAAAAACCUGUUAGUUUGGGUUAUCAGCAAGGUGAUAUGGAAGCAUUGGUGCAAUUGAUUCCAUUGGUGUUCUAGAGCAUACUUGAGUUUGCCAUGACUAGAAGUUUAAAACGGAAAAGUAAAAUUUGUAUACCACAGUCCUUAAAUGAUGUUCCCACUGAAUGGUGUACUCCAUUUCACAGUGUCCUGAGCCCUACAAGAUAUGCACAACCUCUCCAGAACGUUUUAUCUUUCAAAUAAAGGAAAAUUCCUCUAUUUGAACUCUCCACUCAAAUUAUUUCUAUCAGAAUAAAAAAAAAUACUUCAAGUUUUGAAUUUCUGGAUUCUCAUAAAUACAAAGGUACAAAACUAAUCAAUUUUAAUAAUUCUACUUUUAUCUCAAAUGGUAAAAUUAGUGGUUUGGUGUUUUUAUAAAAAAAGACAAUCACAGUGCUUUUCUGUUAAUCCAAGUGCCUCACAUGUUUCAACUCAUAACACUGUAGGAUGUUUAUUUUAUAUAAAAUAGUUUAUCUUUUUAAAUUAAUAACAUUUUUGUGCACUAUUAUUCAUUUUCCUUUAAGCCAAUCAUUUUUAUUAAUUCAGGCAUGUUUUAAUUGCACUACUUAAUCCACCUUUUUUUUCAGGUGAAGGGCAAAUAAUUAUUAAAAUGACAGUAAGAUGUCCUGUCAAAUUAUUUUUUAAUAUUUAACUUAAAAUAGUAGCACUUAAAUUUUAUUGUUUCUUGAAGAAAAAGAUGUACUGCUGUUUACCUUUAUUGGAAUCUCCACAAAGAUGGUUGGAUGUGAUGAAGUUUUUACAUCUUUUAAAUGCAGCCAGGUUUAUUAAAUUACAUUGAAGGGAAACAGCUGUGUUUCUUCUAGUUUUAAUUAAAUUAAGCAAGGUGCUCAUGUUAGUAUGUAAAUGUUGUCUUUAGUGUUCUAGAUCUAUAAUCCUUUCAUAUAUACUUUACGUUGACUUUAUGAAUUCCUUUCUUAAAACAGGGGAAAAUUGUUUUUCUCCUAUUUGAGGAGUGUUUAAGAUUGAAGAUACCAAUAUUUGGUGCAAAGUAUUGUUAUGAGUGAAAGGAUGGUGCGCUGUGCAGUUUGUAGUGAACAAAAUUAUUUGGUAAUAAUUUCAGUCUUUCAUUUAAAUAGCCUAUAUUUUAUAUAUGCACUUAAAUAUGUUUGGUGUUGUAUAUUUUAUCAGUAUCUGUUUUAUGAAAUCUAAUAAUGAUCCAAACUGCUUUUAAGAUGGUCUUAAGAAAAAUACAACCAUAAAACUUUAACUUCACACAUUAGGGUGUUCUUAUUAAGUGAAGUAAUCAUUAUACCAGCAGAGUGAUUUAAAAGAAAAAAUGCCACCAUCUGCCACAUACCUAUUUAAAUAUGACCUCUGAGCAGUGUAAAUAUGGUUUACAUGUAUUUUUUUUUAAUGAAGACUGAUGGAAUCCCGGAAUAAAAUGUAUUAAAUUUUAAUUUCUUUUUAUGUUGUUAACUAAUGUAUAUAAAAAUGGCUUCAGACAAAAUAUCUGUCAGUACCAAGUAUUUUCAGUGAAAAGUAUAAUCACUUUAAGUAUUGAAGAAAAUCAAAUUCGCCUGAAACAUCAUUUGUUUCUAGUAUGAGAUAGGCCACUGGUCUACAUUAGUAUUCCCUGUUCACAUUUAAAGCCUGUGUAAAAGUCUUCAUCUAAACCAUUCUUGCUAGUGUCUUCCAUAUGUUAUUGGAUAAAUUAUGCUUAGUAAAAAUAUAAGCUUUAUAAAUUGUGAGUAGGUUGACAAUGAUGUUUUUUUUAAGUUUUUGAAAGCAAUAUUGUAUUUUUAUCUAUAUAAAAUAACAAAAUUUAUCUAAGAAUAAUAAAAUCACAUUAAACCAAACCCACCUUUGUCUGAAUUGUAAGUGCCAAAGGAAGCAAGAAUGUGCUGAGAGUUGCUCCCUGGAGGGGUUUACUUUUCCAUGGAUGUGCGCCUGCACAGGACAUCGCUUCACUAGAGGCUGUGUGUGGAGUCGCAGCCCACGCCUCGCGACCCUGGGUACUGCGGAGCCGAAUGCACCCAGCCUCCCGGUUGCAGCCCCUGCUUCAGUCCAGCUCCUUGAAUAGACAGAUGUGUUCAUUAUGAAGCUUUCAAGCUUUUCUAGGUACAAAUGAGUAUUUUUCAAUAUUGCUCAAUUUGAGGAUAACUGUUUUCUCCCUGUGAUUGUUCAGUUUCCUUCAAUACUGCUUAUAUUUUUGUUAUUCAUACAUUUUGGUUUAAAUAUUGUUUUAGUUGUCCUUAACAGCGUUAUGCACAUUAUAUGGUAAUAAAAUAAUCACUAUUUAUAAAGAUA